UCCAGACCCAAAGCUCCGAGGCUUUUCCGAUUCGUUUUUCCCCCAUUCGCGAUCCCAGGGAUAAAUCAAGCACCACAAGGAUGACGGACAGUGCCAGCGUUUUAGCCAGCACAGUGGCAACUGCCACGACGGCCGCCUUACAGGAACUUCGAUUCAGCCUCACGGACUACGUAGUCUUCUCCUUGUUGCUAUGUGCCUCGGCAGGAAUCGGAGUGUACUUCGGAUUUUUCUCCAAAGCCAAGAACACCACGGAGGAGUAUCUGCAAGGCGGCAAGAAGAUGCCCACACUGCCGGUGGCCAUUUCCCUGGUCUCGAGCCAGCUUUCCGGGGUAGCAAUGAUGUCCGUUCCGGCGGAGACUUACUCGUUUGGAUUCAACAUGAUGUUCGUAAACUGGGCCAUGGUUCUGGCAGUUCCUGUUCUCAUAUAUGUCAUUGUUCCCGUCUUUUACGAUAAUAAUGUCUCUAACUGCUACGAGUACCUGGAGAUGCGAUUCAGCAAGAAGACCCGCCAACUCGUGACCAUUACGUUCAUCUUCAAUCAAUUCCUGAUGCUACCAGUAUAUAUGUUUGUCCCAUCGCUAGCUUUUUCCCAAGUAACCGGCUACAACAUUCACCUGAUCAACACAGUGGUUUCGUCCAUCUGCGUCUUCUACACGAUGCUGGGCGGGAUUAAGGCAGUGGUCUGGACGGAUGUGGUUCAGGGAGCUGUCAUGCUGAUCUCAGUUGUCCUGGUAGCCAUAUUGGGCACCUACAACACAGGUGGAUUGGCCAAUGUUCUUGAGAACGCUUCCGAGGGUGGCCGAUUGGACAUGAAUUUUGGCUUAGAUCCCCGCCUGCGUCUCACCUUCCUUACUGCAAUGGGCAGCGGCCUUUUGAUGUGGACGGGUAAAGUUGGCCUAGACCAGAGCUGCGUUCAGAGAAUUGUGUCCAUGCCCUCUUAUGGACAUGCCAAAAGGUGCCUUCUAAUGGCUGGCUUCGGUUUUGUGCUCGUCAUGUCGUUCACCUGCUUUGCUGGCAUCAUAAUGUUUGCCUACUACUACGGAUGUGAUCCUAUUAAAGCUGGGCUGGUCAGCAAACCUGACAAACUGAUGCCCUUCUUCAUCCAGGACAUUAUGGGCCAUUUGAUGGGCAUGCCAGGCGUGUUUAUCUCUUGCGUGUUCAGUGCCUCACUGAGUUCUCUUUCCGCCAGUCUUAAUUCCUUCGCCGGAGUGGUGUACUUCGAUUAUAUUAAGCCGCGCAUCAACCACACGGAAGCCAAAGCCAACGCGACCAUGAAACUGGUCAUCGUGGCUAUGGGAGCCUACUGCAUCCUGGGCGGCCUAGUCGUGGAGAACUUCAACUCUAUUAUCCAGACCAUGUGGACGAUUACGGGCAUUAAUAUGGGCGCUGUGGUAGGAGUCUUUUGUCUGGGCAUGUUCAUGCCCCGGUGUAAUGCCAAGGUGGCGGUGACCGGAAUCGGGUUCAGUGUUAUUGUCAUGUUGUGGAUCAUCAUCAACGGCCAGAUGAACUUCAAGUCCGGCCUGAUCAAGUACGAACCCCUGCCGAAUGGGCUGGAUAAGUGCGAGGCAAAGAACUUCGAGGUCAUCUUGAAUGCAAUAAACAAUAACAUCAGCAGGGUCGCCACCACUCCGAUUCCCUCUCUGGAAGCACCCAAGCAAGUGACCACCGCCUUCGACAGCAACCGCGACUUCUCCAUCUACGACAUAUCCUUUUACUGGUACAAGGUGAUGGGUGCCCUAUUGGUGUUUUUGUGGGCCAUUCCAAUGAGCUAUGUGUGGCCCUUGGACAAGAACGAGAAGCAGAACCCCAAGCUCUUCUCGCCCUUUAUUCGGAAAUGGUUAUACCAGCCAGGUCCUGCCCUGGAAUUGGAGGAGUUGCCUUUAAAGACGUCACUAUCCGAGGAGCAAAUCAAGGCAAAGGAGAACGGCAUUGCACCAGAAGCUUAAUACAGCAUAUCAUCACAUCUGUAUAGUUGCAAUAGAAUAACAAUAGCAACAAUAAGUUUUGUAUUACAAAAGUAUUCCAUAGGAACCAAAUUAACAGUGAUCUCAAAAGUGAACUGUUUAGAAAAUAUCAUUACGCAAAAAAUUA